CUUUUUUUUUUUAAUUAAUUUCUCAACUUGUAGUCUUUCUUUAUUUAUCUUUUUGGUGAAAAUUCUUUCUUUAUUAUCACUAAAAGUAUUAACUAAGCGGUGUAGUAUUCUAUUUAUAUUCUGAGGUCUCUCUGGUUUUGUGUGGGCGUGUCGGGGGCAGAGCUGAAGAUGGGUGAUCAUUCAGUAACUGUAACUGACAAUAACAAUCAUCAAAGCACUGUAAUAGAAAUAUAUCCUCUGGGUAGUUAUUACUUUGGAUCCAAAGACCCUAUUGCUUUCAGGGAUGAAACUGUAGCUGACCGUGUCCAAAGAAUGAAAUCCAACUUUAGUGCUCGUGGACUGAGGACUUGUGUGCAAGCUGUUAUGCUGGUUGAGUUGUUCAAACAUCCCCAUCUUUUGCUAUUGCAAGUAAGAAAUGCUUUCUUUAAGCUACCUGGUGGUCGAUUAAGACCAGGUGAAUCAGAUAUUGAUGGAUUGCAACGUAAGCUAUCAAGAAUGCUUUCUGUGAAUGAAGAUGAAACUGAUCACUGGGAGGUGGGAGAUUGCCUUGGAAUGUGGUGGAGGUCUGAUUUUGAAACCUUGUUGUAUCCGUACUUGUCCCCGAAUCUCAAAGUACCUAAGGAAUGCACGAAACUCUACCUUGUAAAGUUACCAGCCAGUCGAAAGUUCAUUGUACCAAAGAACCUUAAACUGCUUGCAGUUCCUUUAUGCCAAGUUCAUGAAAAUCAUAAGUUACCAGCCAGUCGAAAGUUCAUUGUACCAGAGAACCUUAAACUGCUUGCAGUUCCUUUAUGCCAAGUUCAUGAAAUCAUAAGACAUAUGGACCAGUAAUAUCAGGAGUUCCGCAGUUGCUAUCAAAAUUCUCCUUCAACAUCAACUAUUGAAGAAGGCUUGGUCACUGUGUUGCGGAUGCUAUGGGUUAAGUAUAGAGAAAAUAGUAUAAUGUUUACCUGGAAAUAAUUUUUGUCCCAGGAUAUGUACUUUUAGUGAAAUCUUGAACGGAUGUGUUGUUUUUACCAUACAUUUUACAAGCUGUAGCUGUUGAUGCUUUGCAAUGAAAACAUAUCAAGUUUUUGUGUUA